AUGAACACGGCUACCGCCCUUCGUCUCCUUCGGCAAAUACCUCGUCUCAAUCGUUUGCGGUCGACUCCAUCCUUCGUCCGACCUCUGUCUUCCACAUCCUCCCGCUCUUUCAAAGUCACUCCCACCCAACUGGAAAAAGAUGAACUAGAUCCCUACCAUAAAGUCUCGACCGAUGCUACCGGCACUUCGGCCGGCCCUCAUGAAGGUUCCGCCGCCCGAACUGAUCGAGAUAUCGUGGUGGAAUACCCUCCAGAAGAAGAAUUUCCCCGGGACAGGCCAUUGCGGGGGAGAGGUGGGAUACAAUAUGUUAGAACUUUGCCGACUUUCAGUCUCGAGGGGAGGACAGCGGUCGUGACUGGGGGUGCACGAGGGCUCGGACUGGUCAUGGGUCAAGGCCUGGUUCAAUCGGGAGCAGACCUGGCUAUUGUUGACCUGAAUAAGGAGGAAGGUGAAAAGCAAGCUGCAGAACUCAUGUCGAUGAUGUCCAAGGAAAACGCGGACAGCGGCUCCGACGACUAUAUUCCCAAGGUGACGGCUCACUAUGCCGAUGUUUCGGACCCAGAAUCGGUGAAUGCGUGCAUCGCUGAGAUCAUCAAAGAGCACGGCAAGAUCGACCAUUUGGUCACCUCGGCAGGAUUCACAGAGAACUUCUCUGCUGAGACGUACCCGUAUGAGCGCAUGAAGAAACUCUGGGGCGUCAAUGUCGACGGUACUUAUCUUUUUAGCACCGCCGUGGGUCGGCAUCUCAUGGAGCGCAACAUUACACACGGGAGCAUUGUCAUGAUUGGGAGCAUGUCUGGCUCAAUUGUGAAUGUGCCGCAACCACAGGCGCCGUACAAUGCAGCGAAGGCGGCGGUUAGGCAUCUUGCCGCCAGUUUGGCCGUGGAAUGGGCGCACGCUCAUGUCCGGGUGAAUUGCAUCAGCCCUGGCUACAUGUUGACAGCUCUGACCCGUAAGAUUCUGGAUGAUAACCCGGAGCUUAACAAGACCUGGACAUCCCUGAUCCCGGUCGGCAAGAUGGGUUCUCCAGAGGAUCUUCAGGGAGCGGUGGUAUACCUGCUGAGUGAUGCCAGUCGCUAUGUCACCGGUGCAGAUCUGCGAGUCGACGGAGGGUAA